GAGACAGUAUGCAGUAGGUGGACUGAGUGGGAACAUUUUUAACAGUCUUUAAAGAAGUGACCAAAGUUGCAGCUGACAGCAGCUGAGAGCGGGGUCAUGGAGCCACAGCAGAUCAGAGAGGGAUACCUGGUGAAAAAGGGUACACUGCUAAACUCCUGGAAGGCUGUGUGGGCCGUGCUGUCAGAAGAUGGGGUGGAAUUCUAUAAAAAGAAAACAGACCGCUCUCCGAAAGGAAUGAUCCCACUGAAGGGAGCCACGCUCAUCAGUCCUUGCCAGGAUUUUGGCAAGAGGAUGCUGGUGUUCAAGAUUACCACAGACAAGAAGCAGGAUCACUUCUUCCAAGCCUCACAUGUGGAGGAGAGAGAGUUAUGGGUCAAGGACAUCAAGAGAGCCAUCACCUGCCUGGACGGGGGAAGAAAGUUUGCCAGGAAGUCCACCAGACGCUCCAUUCGCCUGCCUGAGACAGUCAACCUUGCUGAACUGUACGCACUGAUGAAGGACCAAGAUGAUGGAGUAAAAGAGUUAAAACUGGAGCAGGAGAAUCGAGUCUUCAAUCACUGCUUCACCGGUGCGACGGUAAUCGAGUGGCUGAUUUCAAAAGAGAAAGUGAGAAACAGGCCUGAGGCCAUCAUGUUAGCAACAGGGCUCCUGAAUGAGGGUUUCCUCCAGCCUGCAGGUGACCUGUCAAAAGAUGGAGCAGAGAGUGUAGAGCAGACAGCCUUCUUAGAUCAGACACUUGCUCUUUAUUACUUUGCAGACAGCGGGUUCUUCUGUGAAGGCUACUCCAGUGAUGAAGACGUGCUUCUGAAGGAGGAAUUCAGAGGAAACAUUGUGAAACAGGGCUGUUUGCUGAAACAGGGACAUAAGAGGAAAAACUGGAAGGUGCGAAAGUUCAUUCUGAGAGACGACCCUGCUUAUAUGCAUUAUUAUGAUCCUACAAAGGGUGAUGACCCUCUGGGCUCCAUCCAUCUUCGUGGGUCUGUGGUUACAGCCGUGGAGUACGUGCCUGACGCCAAAAAAUACGACAUUGACGGCAACCUCUUUGAGAUCAUCACCUCAGAUGAGACUCACUACUUCCUCCAAGCUGCUACAGCUGAAGAAAGAAAGGAGUGGAUCAAAGCAAUACAGGCAGUGUCAAAAAGUGGGAAAUAACAGGAGCGGUGGGGCAGCUAUGGUUAAAGCUAUUGAUUGUAAAAUCCCACGUUUCAUUAGAUUUAACAGUGUACCAGUAAAGUAUAACUGAAUGAUCAUACGGCAGUGCUGUGUCAUUCUAGAGCAAAUUUCAACCCACUCACCAGAAAGAAAACGCUUGUAUUGCACUGUACAUUUCUGCAAACCACAAAUACAUUAAUACUUUACAUUUCUUGUGAGGGUGUGGUUAGGUGUAGGCACAAAAAUCACUUGGUUAUGGUUAGUAAAUGAUCAUGCUUUGGCUUUAAACACCUAUGUUUGGUGGCACAAAGGCCACGAAAAAAGCAGGGUGUCACUAAAAUCACCCAGGUUUGGUACAAAACACCUGCGACAAAAAAAAUAAGCGUUGCUUGUUUUUCAAACAGCGGUCUGCAGCUUGGCAGGCAUCUCACUUUAGAAAUAUAGUAUGCACGACACAUGCAAAUGUAUCAAAUUUGUGGUUUGCAGAAUGGCACAAUGGGCUGCAAGUUUCACUCCUCUACACUAUCAAAUUAUUGCUGUGAUGUUUCUAUGCAGUAUGUGCUGUAACUAAUUAAAGAGAAAUAAAUGUCAUACUAUCUGAA